GAUUCCGAUGACGAUGCUUACAAUGAUGUCAGUGAUUACAACAUCACCAACAACCACAUAGGAACUCCCUUCAGAGUGAUAGUGCUCAAAUCCCUCCCGAUCGAUAACGUCAUCACGAUCGGAUCGGUGAUAGAGACACAGUCAGAAUGCAACAUGGCGGAUGGACGAAGCGAAGAUGAUGAAAGAACAAAACGAGAUGCACAUAUUGUGAAUAGUACUAUUCUCAGAGCUACAAAUGGUCCGCUUAAUCCAGGUGGAUAUUACACAUGCUUUCUUCGAGUUUACUCACCAACCGGCAAAGGCGGGAAAUUCUACUACGUCAAUGGACCCGCAAUGAAACCAAUUCAGCUCAGACAUCUCAAAUCCACUUUAGAAGAUGCCCAGAGUGGAAUGAAUUAUAGUGCAAUAGUCACACCCGUCUCUUGCAUCCUUCUCAUCGUGAUAAUCAUUGGAAUCGUCAUCUACAGACGUAAAAGUUACAGAUCUAAUGAAGCCAAUGUGGCCCCUACGUCAUCAGCCAAUGAAUCCCAGACUAAGCCGAAUGAGCAAACUGCAGAGGAUUAUACCCGAUACAACCAAUUUUCUGGACAACAAGCAGCAGCAGAAGAUAUAUAUGAAAACACCGAGGCUCUGCAUGAGGAUGAUGAAUACCAGAACGUUACAUUUGAAUCGAACUAUGCUGUGAAAUCAGCAUACCUACAUAAUAUGGAACCAGAUGACGCCGAUGUGGUCCCUACGUUAUCAGCCAACGAAUCGCAGACAAAGCAGAGUGAGCAAACAACAGAGGAUUAUACCCGAUACAACCAACUUUCUGGACAACAACAAGCAGAAGAUAUUUAUGAAAACCCUGAGGUUCUCAAUGAGGAUGAUGAAUAUGAAAUGGUUACAUUUGAAUCGAAUUAUGCUGUGAAAUCAGCAUACCUACAGAAUACGGAGUAAAAUAAUAUUGAAUAACCACAAUCAUAGUUAUGAU